AUGAGUGGUGGAGGUGGCGGAGGCGUUAGUGUUGGCAUUAGCAGCGGCAGUGGUAGCGGCAGCAGUAGUAGCAGCGCGGCUGCCAUCAAUGCCGCUGCCACAUUGCAUUGUCUCACCUCGGUGGGCAGUAGUCAUAGCAAUGGCGGCAGCGGCAGCAUUAAUGGCAGCAGUGGUGGUGGUGGCGCCGGUGGCGUUGGCAUUGGCGCUAGCAGUGGCGGUGGUGGCGUACAUGCAAGUUUAGGACUCACGGCGAUGGGCAUGGCAGCGGGCUGCGGCGGUGGUGGCGGUGGAUUGAGUGCUUUCGGUAGCGGUGCUGGCAGUUUAGCGUCGUUUGGUGGCAGUGGCGGUAGUAGCAGCAGUUCCAAUGGUAGUGGCGCAAAUCAUCACCAUCAUCAUCACAAUAGUGUUGUUGGUGGCAUUGGCAGUGGCGGCAAUAAUUUGAAUAUAGCAACUGCAACCCUAACGGCUGCUCCAACGCAUAGCGUCGGCGCGAGCAGUGGCUUUGGAAGUUUGGGCGGCAUCAGUGUGGGUGUGGGUGUCGGUAUGGGCAUGGGUAUGGGCGGUGGCAACCUCAACUCUCUUGUUGUUGGUAAUCGAUUAAUGAACACAGGCUUACCGACGAUAUUAAAAUGA